UUCCUUAGGCCACCCUGAGCUUUAGCCUCCACCCCUCCAAGUGCAGCCUGGGCAGUCCGAGGUCCCAGCAUGGAAUGACUGCUAUGGCUGCCCCUGUCCCGUGGGCCUGCUGUGCUGUGCUCGCUGCCGCCACCGCCGUUGUCUACACCCAGAGACACAGUCCUCAAGAAGCACCCCAUGUGCAGUACGAGCGCCUAGGUUCAGAUGUGACUCUGCCAUGUGGGACAGCAAACUGGGAUGCAGCAGUCACAUGGAGGGUAAAUGGGACAGACCUGGCCCCUGACCUGCUCAACGGCUCUCAGCUUGUGCUCCAUGGCUUGGAACUGGGCCAUAGUGGCCUCUACGCCUGCUUCCACCGUGACUCUUGGCACCUGCGCCACCAAGUCCUCCUACAUGUGGGCUUGCCGCCGCGGGAGCCCGUGCUCAGCUGCCGCUCCAACACUUACCCCAAGGGCUUCUACUGCAGCUGGCAUCUGCCCACUCCCACCUACAUCCCCAACACCUUCAAUGUGACCGUGCUGCACGGCUCCAAAAUUAUGGUCUGUGAGAAGGACCCAGCCCUCAAGAACCGCUGCCACAUCCGCUACAUGCACCUGUUCUCCACCAUCAAGUACAAAGUCUCGAUAAGUGUCAGCAAUGCCCUGGGCCACAACGCCACAGCUAUCACCUUCGACGAGUUCACCAUCGGUGCGUGGGGCGGGGGUGGUCCCUGCAGCAUACUCCAGUGGGAGUGUGCCAGAGGCGUAUAUGAGCAUUGGUGGGGACAGUCACGGGUGUGCCUGGGUACGUGGGGCAUGUGUACACGUGUGUACACGUGUGUACACGUAUUCAUGGCACAUAUAUGCCUGUGA